ACCCCCUUGUGUGAUUUCAUUUACAAUUUAGUUUCCUAUUGAUCAUCAAACACUGGUUUAAACGCUAUCGUUUAAAACUCCUUUUUAACAAACAUUGACAAAACCACUUUGGACGUGGCUUGUUCCAUCUUCAUGCUAUGGGGAGCACUCUUUUCCAAAGAACAACCGGGAUGAGGCGUUGCUUUUUGCACCCUUGACAUAGUGAUUUAUUUCGCAAUCCACUUGACAAGUAAUCCAUCUGAGACGAGGAUAGUGCCGAAAUCAACUAGGGAACUUGCUGAUAUUUCAUACUCAACAGAAGUAAAGCUGAGUGCUUCAAAUCAACCGUUGGCUUAUCGAUAUAAUACAGGGAAUCCCUUAAAAGUGAGCAAAGAAAAUAUCAUACUGUAAAUCCCGUUGAAGCCAAAACAAAGCAACCAACUAUGGAUCGCAUGGUAAUGGUAUAACGUUUUCAGUUUUUUCCGAAAGGUGUCUCAAAUUCAAGAACACACCUCUAGGGAAAUACAGAUGACAUCCUAUCUGUUGGGAGUGUGUCAUGAGAUCUGCAAAGCACGGGGAAUGGGGGAUUUAUCUUAGCAGCUAGAACAGCUAUUCUUUUUGCAACCUCCCAGAUUGGCUGACAACUGCAUACUAACCGGAUAAUAGCUUGCUGUUCAUCCGGUUGGCAUUGCGUCUCAGGAUUUAACCAAGUCCGGACUUAUCCUUUUCAAUCCUGAAUGAUUUUGUUCAUCUAUAAUACCCGUUGCCUCAUCAUGUCGGAUAGCAAUGCGCUUGUGGACGAGAUAAAAUCUAUGGCUCCUGGGGGAUCAAUCACCAUCUCAGACGAGCAAACUGGAUUCCCUCAUUGAGAGCAACGCCGUCCAGUCCAUCCCCCCUGUUGACCAGACCCAUGGCCUCUCCAACCUGAUUGCUAGGAGCCAGAGACUGGUCGCUGGAGGGUCAAAAAAUCGGCCUCAACCAACAUUUGCUCCAGCAAGCCCAAUUGAGUCCCAAGACCCAAACAGGUCCCGUUGUUUUAUCGACCCGGCCCAUGGCCGAUGUGGACCCCAAAGACGCAUCUGUGGCUUCAAUUAAGAAGAAAUUCGCCUCUCAAGAAGAAUGGGCAACGGUGACUAAUAUCAUGCGACGCGUCGCUUCCAAUUCUGCUGAAGCAUUCCCUUCCUCACCGACGGAAGACUCCAUUUGGUCUCCGAAUACUCGGCAGUCCCCUGCACGCUUGGGCCAAAGUCGUGCCACCUUCAUGCUGGCCGAAAUUCAUCUGAUUCACACUUUCCCCCACCACGUUUUAUCCGGGAAGGUUCGUAAACCACAAAAGAAGCUCCGCAAGAAUUGCCAAGUUCACGAGCGUACGAGCUCGUCCGACGAUUCGGGUUCACCUGCAGAGGACGACCUGAGAUCAAGUGCCAGAGCCAAAGACGAGAAUUGGCCGCAUCCUUUGGCCAAACUCAUCGGUCAAGAAGGCACUGCUAAGAACUAUGCAGCCUUGUCAGGAGACGAGUGAGAAAUCACCCACAAUCGAGAAUUUGUGCGAGAUCGUACUAGUAAUCUCAAGAACGCGACUUUUUCAACGCAGAGAGUAGGUUGGCACAAUAGAGUGUUGACCAUUCACCUAUCCCAGGUAUUACAUGUCCUUCAGGCCAGCGCCUUGAACAAUUCGAAGUCAAAAGCUCGACGAUGGAUCUUGAACUUGAAAGAUUAUGGGAAUCUUCCGUUCAUUGACUUGGGCUAGAGUGGCCCAUUCGUCUCGAUCAGACUCUUAUCGGACUGCCGGGAUGCUGUGCAACAUGAAUGCAUGAAAUUUUGAAACCACUGAUGAGGCCCAUCUGCCAGAAGGCCUUGCUCCUUGUGGAAAGCGCCUGACCAUUGGGUUGAAGCUUGUCCACACAAGUGAUUGCAGAUUAUUGAUUUCAUGUUUGUGUUCCAUGAUCUAUUGAUUCCGAGAAUUAAAGCUGAGCAUUUUUUACCAUUUCA